ACUUACAGCUCGAAAUGUUUCUAGCGACAGAACACAGAAAGGUCCAGCUAUGAUCUCCAGAGGUUUCUGAGCGUUCAUAAUACCUAUUGUUACCAUCUUAUUUGUUCUGAGGGCACUAGAUUCCAUGAUGCGUCAGGCAAUACGUCCACUUAACGAACCCGAGUAAAUGAAAAAGGAGUGGAUUGAAUCGUGCUGCAAAGCUUGGCAGGUCAUAACUAUUUUGCACGUCAAUUGCUUCUGAAACAAUGAGUAAAAAAGUCGCAACUUGGAUAGAAGAUGUUUCAUGGGAAAAUGGAAGAUAAUACACUGGACUGGAUAACACUGGACAAGGGAAUCAAAAGCUAAAAGUUUGAGGAGUUGUCUGACACACGUAAACCAGACUGGAUGAAUCAUCUGUAGAUCGUCCGGGUAGAAUUAGAGAUCAAUUAAAAGACAGAAGGCAACGACAAUGGAUACAGCAUGCCCGAGUACUGAGAAAACUCCACUAACGAAAUCUUCAAACCUGGGUAGAUCCGAAAACUCCAUUCUCGUCAGUCUGAAAAAAAAGAGGAAGUCAUGCGCGAUGUACAGUUAGUCACAGCCACGAGUAUCAGGAGUAAACCCCCCACGUCACGUCACGUUCAUAUACUACCUUGGAGCACCAUCUUAAUAAAACAAGUGCGAUAUCGAAAUAGAUUCAAGUGGGCGCGGUUUUGGGACGUGUCGAAUCAAAGUGCUCUUGUAUUUCCCUGCCCUAUCCCCACAUCACACCGCGGUCUUCCUGUGGACCCGUUGGAGACCUCCACUUUGGUGAUAGUUCCCUGCCGCCAACGUUGUCCAACGCGUUGCCAAAAUUCGGCGAUGAUUGAUGGCUAUUACUCCAGUGGCCACCCCAUCCCAUUUAUCUCGGUUAUCAGCACACCAGCUUUCAACAAGUUCAAAAGUUCAGAGAGGAGGAGAGUAGCAGGAGCGUAGAUAUCGACACGGUGACCCUGGAAAUGGCAAAUUGAUCAAUCGAAACCAUCAUCUGACUCGCCGCUGCGUAGGACUCAAAAAUAGAGUAGAGGGGGAUUCGCUGAUUGGUAAAAGUGAUUCGCACCUGACGGAGGAGGUUGCAAAUUUUGCAGCUAGUGCUCCAACAUGACCUUCGCAGUUUGCCGAUAAAAGACCGCGAAUCGCAGUGCUGAACUAUCUCUUUCAGUAUCAUGAGUUCCUAGCACAGAGAUUUACCAGUCUCCGGUUAUGUUUGAUGCACCAUUAUGCCUUUGAUUACGGUAGGUUAGUUGCAUCGGUAACGUCACAGUCCAGGUCUUGUUUCUUCGUUUGCACGACGUCAUAGAAUUGAAUACGCGGGGCGAUGACGUACGUGCGAAUUUCAGCGUAUUUUACUCUGCCAACGGGGAAGGUCUGGCGAUAUUUUGCAGAUACGUGGAAAUCAUUAUUUGAGACCGUUCUACAAUGUUAGCUCAUCUUAUCGUGAGGUGAAAUUACUGGGUCUGUGGUAAGUUAAAUCAUCUUCAGAUGAAAUAUUUGAUGGACCCAGGGGAUGAAGAAUUUUGCAAUAGUGUAUUUUGUGAAUAAUGAGAAUGGAGUUUUAGAAGGAUAUCUUGACUCAUUACUCGACACCAGUGGCAGUGGUUCACCUAGGGCGUACAGGAAUUGAACACCAGAUAAACUGGUUCUUCUGAAGAUGAAGUUGCUGAUGACGGAGACGGCUGCCGGUGGAUAUCGGUAGGACAAUACCAGAGUCCGUAUCAUUAUCAACACAUCUGGUCCCCGUAGAACAACUUCCAGGUGGAUCCGCGAAAUGUUGGGGUGACAGUUGAGGGGAGGAGUGAGGAACUGGUGGAGGGUGAAGGGUCGACAUUUGGAGGAGGCAUUUCUCCAUCAACAACACCAACUCCAUUAGCGGCGAGAGCUGCUCUAAUUUUAUCGAUGUCGACUAGUGAAGUACCUCCGGUCGAUUCUACCCGAGCUACGACGAUACUUCUAAUCUCAGGGGAAUUCAAAUCAUCAGGAUCUGGAUUCUCUCCCGCCACCACAAACAUCACAAUUCGUGCAAAGGUCGAGGGACUUUGUAGAAUAUUUAUUUGAGUUGUGCUGGACAAAUGUGGAACUCCUGAUGAAAAAUAUAAUCAGCUCUGUUAUUAGUUAUUUUGUGGACGGACGGAAAAAUAUUCAAUCUACCUAAAUCAUUUGAGGGUUUUUCCUGGGGAAUUAGGGAGGGAGUUGAGCGAAUAUUGGAGAUGUUUGAUUUUUCAAGACUUCUGUUAAUUGGGAAAAUAGUUUUCUUGGAUUCUGCUGCCUCAGUUCGUUUUAAUGUAAAUACACCAGCUUUGCCAAUAUCUUCGUCUUUAACUCGCGUUGAGUACAACUCAUUGAAGAUUACUAGAGAACCAGGUUCGGGAUUUUCGUCCAUCCAGGCGAUGUAACUGAGAUUAAAAUAAAUAUUAUUACCAUCCCAUAAAAAAUUAUGUGUAAGGGAGGUAGAUUCACUGAACUACUGCUAAAU